UGGUUAUAAAAGAAGAGAAAAUUUGAUCUGCGUAGUCAGUGUGUUGUAUGAUAGGAAGAUGCAUCGUUGGCGUGGAAAAGUAGCGAUCGUGACGGGAGCGAGUGCUGGUAUCGGUGCAGCGAUAGCCAGAGCAUUGCCAAGCCACGAUAUCAAAGUGGUCGGUCUGGCAAGAAAUAUAGAGAAACUGGAAAAACUCGCGGACGAAUUAGGAAGAGAUAAAUUUUUCCCAAUUAAAUGUGACGUUACAAAAGAAGAAGACAUUUUGAAAGCGUGCAAAUGGGUUGAAAAUGAAUUGGGAGGUGCUGAUAUUUUGAUAAACAAUGCUGGCAUCAUACGAUUCAAUGCUUUGAUUGACCAAAAAACUGAGGAUUAUCGUAGCGUCUUGGAUACUAAUUUAUUGGCACCAGCAAUUUUUUCACGAGAAAUUAUAUCGUCUAUCAAGAAACGAAAUGCACAAGGGCAUAUAAUCAAUAUAUCUAGUAUAUCUGAAUCUCAUCUCGAUGCCAUUUUUGUACCAUUGGGCAUGUAUGGCGCAUCUAAAAGUGGUCUAUGCACUUUAGGCACGGAACUUCGAAAUGAAAUCAUUGUGAAAGAAUUGAAUAUUAAAGUCACGAAUAUUGCACCAGGAACAGUGGUAACGGAUAUGAUAACAAAUGUGCUUGGAAAAAUUAAUAUUAAUAUGCCAAAAUUUAUUUUGUUACCUGAAGAUAUCGCGGAUGCAGUAAUUUAUACGUUAGGAACACCAAUAAGAAUAGAAAUUCCACAAAUCACGCUAAUACCACAUCAUGAGUCAUUCAUUCCGAAACUUGCAGUAGAAAUUCUUUCAAAAAUGUCAAAUAAAUCUGAAGAAAAAAAUUAAUAAUUUAAUCAUAUUGAAGAAAAGAAUAUUAACAUGAAAGAAUAUGACAUACAACAUAUAUUGUAAAUAAACACAAACAGGAUUUGAUUUAUAUUAAAUUGCUUGUUAUUUUUUUUGAUUGAAA